CCAGAGUCAACUCUGCUCCAAACCCCUGGGCUUACCAGAAAGGAGCGGACAGGCCAGUGGGUCUGAUCCCUUUUGGGGCCUCCAGUCAUGAGGCUCCUCUGUGGGCUGCUUUGGGCGUUCGGUUUCUUUGUCUUUUCUCUGCAGGAGCCCAGGUUGCUCCUGUUUGCUCCUUCUGUGGUUCACCUGGGGGUUCCCCUGUCAGUGGUGGUACAACUCCAGGAUGCUCCCCGAGGACAGACAGUAACAGGAUCAGUGUUCCUGAGAAACCCAUCCAAGGAUUCUGUUCCUUGUUCUCCCAAAACGGACUUCACCCUCAAUGCAGAAAGAAACUUCAUGCUCCUCAGCGUCCAGAUCCCCACAAAUGUGGAGAACUGUGGCCUCAAAGAUCUCCGAGGAGGCCCCUAUGUCCAGCUGGUUGCCCAGUCAUCAUGGCUGAAGAAUUUUCUGUCCAAAAAUACAGAUACUCAGGGUGUCAAUGUGAUCUUCUCCUCUCGCCAGGGGCACCUCUUUCUGCAGACUGACCAGCCUGUUUAUAACCCUGGCCAGCGGGUUCGGUUCCGUGUCUUUGCUCUGAACCAACAGAUGCGCCCAUCUACUGACACCCUCACCAUCACUGUGGAGAACUCCCGUGGCUUACGUGUGCAGAAGAGGGAGGUGCACGUCCCCACAUCCAUCUUCCAGGAUGAUUUUGUAAUCCCAGACAUCUCAGAGCCAGGAACUUGGAAGAUCUCAGCCCGAUUCUCAGCUGGCCUAGAAUCCAAUAGGAGCACCCAAUUUGAGGUGAAGAAAUAUGUCCUUCCCAACUUUGAGGUGAAGAUCGUUCCUGGGAAGCCCUACAUUCUGACAACACCUGAUUUUCUUGAUGAGAUCCAGUUAGACAUCCAGGCCAGGUACAUCUAUGGGAAGCCAGUGCAGGGGGUGGCAUAUGUGCGUUUUGGUCUCCUGGGUGAGGAUGGUCACAAGACUUUCCUUCGGGGUCUGGAGGCUCAAACCAAGCUGGCAGAUGGCCAGUGUCAUCUUUCUCUCUCAAACGCUGAGCUUCAGGAUGCCCUGAGGAAGCUCAAUAUUGCUACUGCUGACCUCCCAGGACUGCGUCUCUAUGUGGCUGCAGCCGUCAUUGAGUCUCCAGGAGGGGAUCUGGAGGAAGCAGAGCUUACAUCCUGGCGUUUUGUGUCAUCUCCUUUCUCUGUGGAUCUCAGCAAGACUAAGAGACACCUCAUACCUGGAAUUCCCUUUCUGUUGCAGGCGCUGGUCCGUGACAUGUCAGGUUCCCCAGCCGCUGGCAUUCCUGUCAAAGUUUCUCCUAAGUUUUCUCCUGAGUCUGCUUCUGCAACCAAAGGCAUAGAACAAAACACAGACGAGAGUGGUCAAGUUACCAUUCCCAUUGUUAUCCCUUCAACUACCUCAGAAGUGCAGCUUUCGGUGUCUGCAGGCUCCCCCUACCCAGCUACAGCCACAUUCACUGUGAGAGCCCCACUCUCAAGAGGCCAUGGGUUUCUGUCCAUUGAGCGGCUGGACCUUCGACCCCCUCGAGUCGGUGACACUGUCAACUUGAACCUCCGCACUGUGGGCGUCAGCAGGGCCAUCUUCUCUCAUUAUUACUUCAUGGUCAUGUCCCGGGGGCAGAUCAUACUGAUGAAUCAAGAGCCCAGGAGGGAUGUGACUUCAGUCUCCGUGCUAGUGAAACAUAACCUGGCACCUUCCUUCUACUUUAUUGCCUUCUUUUAUCAUGGGGACAUCCCAGUGGCCAAUUCCAUUCGAGUGGAUGUCCAGGGUGAGGACUGCGAAGGCAAGCUGGAGCUGAAAGUGGAUGGUGACACAGAGUUUCAUCCUGGGGACACUGUGAAACUCCAAGUAAAAACAGAUUCUCAAGCCCUGGUGGCACUGGGUGCUGUGGAUACGGCUCUGUAUGCUGUGGGCAGCAAGUCAUACAGACCUCUCAACAUGGCCAAGGUCUUUGAAGUUAUGAAUAGCUAUGACCUUGGUUGUGGCCCCGGGGGUGGGGACAGUGUCCUUCAAGUGUUUGAAGCAGCUGGCUUGGCCUUUUCUGAUGGACGGCUUUUGACUUCAACAAGAAAGAGUCUGGGCUGUCCUAAGGAGAAGAAAACCCGGAAAAAGAGAAAUGUAAACUUUCAAAAGGAGAUGAGUGAGAAGUUGGGCCAGUAUGCUUCCCCAGUAGCUAAGCGCUGCUGCCAGGAUGGGCUGACGCGGCUGCCCAUGGCACGCAAGUGUGAGCAGCGGGCAGCCCGCGUGAGUCAGCCAGACUGCCGGGAGCCCUUCCUGUCCUGCUGCCUGUUUGCUGAGGACCUGCGCAAGAAGGCCCGGGCCACAGCCCAGAAGGGUGUUGCCCGAGCACUGGAGGUACUGCAGGAGGAGGAGCUGAUGGAUGAAGAUGACAUUCCCUUGCGCAGCUUCUUCCCAGAGAACUGGCUCUGGAGAGUGGUCACAGUGAACAGCAACACCCCAUUAUUACAACUGCUCCCUGACUCUCUGACCACGUGGGAGAUCCAUGGUGUGAGCCUGUCCAAAAGCACAGGUCUGUGUGUAGCCACCCCAGUGAGGCUCCAAGUGUUCAAAGAAUUCCACCUGCACCUCCGCAUACCUCCCUCUGUUCGCCGCUUUGAGCAACUUGAGCUGCGUCCUGUCCUUUACAACUACCUGAAUAAAGAUCUGACUAUGAAUGUCUAUGUGUCUCCGGUGGAGGGGCUAUGCCAGGCUGGAGGCGGAGGGCUGGCCCAGAAGGUGUUGGUGCCUGCAGGCUCUGCCCGGCCUGUUGGCUUCUCCGUAGUACCCAUGGCGGCAGCUACAGUAUCCCUGAAGGUGGUGGCCCAAGGGUUCUCUGAUUUCCCUGUGUCGGAUGCAGUGUUGAAGGUUCUAAAAAUUGAGAAGGAAGGAGCCACCCAAAUAGAGGAACUUGUUUAUGAACUCAACCCCCUGGACAAAAAAGGCCGAACCUUUGAAAUUCCUGGCAAGUCUGAUCCAAACAUCAUCCCUGAUGGAGACUUCAACAGCUAUGUCAGGGUCACAGCCUCAGAUCCACUGGAUACUUUGGGCUCUGGGGGUGCCUUGUCAUCAGGAGGCUUGACGUCUCUCCUGAGGCUUCCCCAAGGCUGUGCGGAACAAACCAUGGUGUACUUGUCUCCAACACUGGCUGCUGCCAGCUACCUGGACAAGACAGAGCAGUGGAGCACACUGCCCCCUGAGACCAAGGACCAUGCUGUGGAUCUGAUCCAGAAAGGCCACAUUCGGAUCCAGCAGUUUCGGAAAACAGACGGUUCCUACGGGGCUUGGUUGACUCGGGACAGCAGCACCUGGCUCACAGCCUUUGUGUUGAAGACACUGAGUUUGGCCCAGGAACAGGUGGGCGCUUCACCUGAGAAGCUGCAGGAGACGGCCCUGUGGCUGCUGGCCCAGCAGCAGGCUGAUGGCUCAUUCCGUGAUCCCUGUCCUGUUAUCCACCGGGAAAUGCAGGGGGGCUUGGUGGGCAAUGACGAGACUGUGGCACUCACGGCCUUUGUGGUCAUCGCCCUCCAUCACGGACUGGCCGUCUUCCAGGACAAGGAUGCAGAGCCAUUAAAGCAGAGAGUGGAAACUUCCAUCUCAAAUGCAAACUCAUUCUUGGGAGGAAAAGUAAGUGCUGGACUCCUGGGUGCCCAUGCAUCUGCCAUCACAGCCUAUGCCUUGACGCUGACCAAGGCCCCAGAGGACCAGCAGAACGUCGCCCACAACAACCUCAUGGCCAUGGCCCAGGAGACUGGUGAUCUACUGUACUGGGGCACUGUCCCUACUUCUCAGAGCAAUGUUGUGUCACCUACGCCGGCUCCUCGCAGCCCUACAGAUCCAGUACCCCAGGCCCCAGCUCUCUGGAUCGAAACCACAGCCUAUGGCCUGCUGCAUUUGCUGCUUAGGGAGGGCAAGGCGGAGAUGGCUGACCAGGCUGCAGCCUGGCUAACCCGCCAGGGUAGCUUCCAGGGGGGAUUCCGCAGCACUCAGGACACGGUGAUUGCCCUGGAUGCCUUGUCCAAAUACUGGAUCGCCUCCCACACCACGGAGGUGAAGUUGCUCAAUGUGACACUGAGCUCCAUGGGUCGCAGUGGGUUCAGGUCUCAGGAGCUGAAGCUGAACAGUCACCAAGUUCGGGGCCUGGAGGAGGAGCUAAAGUAUUCCUUGGGGAACAAGAUUACCGUGAAGGUCGGAGGAAACAGCAAAGGGACCUUGAAGGUCCUGCAUUCCUACAAUGUCUUGAACAUGAACACGACUUGUCAAGAUCUUCAGAUUGAAGUGACAGUGAUGGGCCACGUUGAGUACACAAUGGAAGCAAAUGAGGACUAUGACUACAAGGAGGAGGAUUAUUCAAUCAGUGAUGACCAAGAAGCCCAUUCCCAGCCUGUGACACCCCUGCAGCUGUUUGAUGGCCGUAGGAACCGCCGCAGGAGGGAGGCCCCCAAAGUGGCUGAUGAGCAGGAAUCCAGAGUGCAGUACACCGUGUGCAUCUGGCGGAAUGGCAAGGAGGGGCUGUCAGGCAUGGCCAUUGCUGACAUCACCCUCCUGAGUGGCUUCCAUGCCCUGCGGGCUGACUUAGAAAAGCUGACCCACCUUGUUGACCGUUACGUGAGUCACUUUGAGACUGAGGGACCUCACAUCCUUCUGUACUUUGACUCGGUACCCACAUCUCGGGAGUGUGUGGGCUUUGGAGCUGUGCAGGAGGUGCCCGUGGGGCUGGUGCAGCCAGCCAGUGCAACCCUGUAUGAUUACUACAAUCCUGAACGGAAAUGUUCUGUGUUUUAUGGUGCACCUAGUAGGAGCAAAUAUCUGUCCACGUUGUGCUCUGCAGAUGUCUGCCAGUGUGCUGAGGGGAAGUGUCCCCGACAGCGCCGUGCCCUGGAGAGGGGGCUGCAGGAGGAGGAUGGAUACAGGAUGAAGUUUGCCUGCUACUAUCCCCGUGUGGAGUACGGCUUCCAGGUUAAGGUUCUUCGAGAAGAUAGCAAAGCUGCCUUCCGCCUCUUUGAGACCAGCAUCACCCAAGUUGCACAUUUCACCAAGGAUGCCAAGGCCACUGCUGGUCAGACCCGAAACUUUCUGGUUCGAGCCUCUUGCCGCCUUCGUUUGGAAACUGGGAAAGAAUAUUUGAUCAUGGGUCUGGACGGGACCACCCACGACCUCAAGGGAGACCCCCAGUACUUGCUGGACUCAAAUAGCUGGAUCGAGGAGAUACCCUCUGAACGUCUCUGCCGGAGCACCCGCCACCGGGAGGCCUGCACCCAGUUCAGAAACUUCUUUGAAGAGUAUAGCACUCAGGGGUGCCAGGUGUGAGGGCUGCUGUCCCACCUCCCUGAGGAAACUGGGCCUAGAAAGAGAAUGCUCUGACUGUUGCUGUACCUAUUAGUCCCUUCAACACAGCCCCAGGGCAGAGCCAACCACUUAAAUAAAAGAUCUUUAGCAAAAAAUCGUCAGUGUGUGU